AUGUCGCAUGACGAACCGCAAAGCAACGAUCAUAAUCUGCCAUACGAUCACGAAGCGGCGGACGAAGGAAUGCUAGCCACCCGCACCCCCUCCGCCGCCGCCGCCGCCGAUGGCGCUGACACUCCAAUUCCCGUGACGCGGCGCGAGGAGUGGGGGUGGUACCUGUACGACGCGGCGGUGUCCGCGUUUUACUCGGUGGCGCUGCCCGUGUUCUUCCCGCUGCUCCUCAACCAGCUCGCCGCCGACGCCGCGUGGCAGCAGGCGGGGCAGCCGCGCCCGCCCGACUGCGGCGUCCACGGCGUCGCCGUGAAUUGCGCGCAGUGCGUGCCGGGCGAGGGAAUGCAGUUGCUGACGUCAUCUGGCUACUCGCCACUGCCGAAUCCCAAGGUGCAGAUGGGGGCGGCGAGCAUGGAUCCAGUGGCAUUCGCUACAGUCACACUGGGGCUGUCCGUGGUGUGCCAGGUGGCGGCAUUCAUCACCCUCGGGCCCCUCGCUGACUAUGGCAUGGGGCGCAUGCGGCUCCUACAGGGAGGCACAGCCAUGGGCAUAACAGCGUGUGCGCUCUGCAUGGCGCUCGUCUCGCCGUCCCUCUGGUGGCUGUCAGGGCUGCUGCUCAUCAUUGCCAAUGUCGGCUACGGCCUCGCCAUCGUUGCUUACUACAGCUAUCUGCCUGUGCUGGUGGACGCGGCCCCUCCGGUGCUGCUUGCAGCGCAGCUCGCAGCACAGCUCGCAGGGAACGCCGAAGCAGAGCUGCCACGUGCUGCCUCUGCUGCCGCCAGUGUGCCUGGUGGUGCUGAUGCGCUGGAAGCAACCUUUGCGUCUACUGAAAAGACCCGUCCAGGGCUGGCAGGGAGCGCUGCUGCUAGUUUGCGUGGUGCGAUGGAGGCAGGGGUUGGGGCAGAGAGUAAAGGAGAGAAAGCAGCAGCAGAGGGGGUUGGAGAGGGAGAGCAGGCAUUGGCGGUAGCAGAGCCGCACACACAUGCCGGCGUGCAGGGCAGUCCCGAGGCAUUCAUUGCUGUGGACUCGUGCGCAAGAGACUCGUGUCCACAGGACUCGUGUGGGGGGGAUAAAGUGGACCUGUACACACCGCUUCUCGUCGCCAGAGACCAGGGCAGGAGGGAAGAGCGCGUGGAGGGCAACGUGCUCGUGCAGCUCGCUAAGCACUCUCCUUCCACCAUCAACUGCUCACAUGCGAUUCUCUUUCAGCCCGAGGAGAAUCGCAUGAGUGGCCUGUGCCAGCAUCGCAUCCAUCCUCGCAACGCUCCUCUCACCCUGCCAUUCCUAUGCUCCCCUCAUCUUGCCCCCCACCACUACCUUCCCCCCUCCUGCCAGGAGGAUAAUCGCAUGUCACUAACAGGGGUGGCGUGUGCCAGCAUCGCCUCCAUCCUCGCCACGCUCCUCUCCUUCGCCGCCACCCUCCCCGUCUCCUCCGACUCCCUCAAGCUGCGCCUCGCCCUGCUCGCCUGCGCCCUCUGGUGGCUCCUCCUCUCCCUCCCCACCUUCCUCUGGCUCCGCCCCCGCCCCGGCCCGCCCUUCCCCCCUCCACCCCCCCUCCCCUCCUCCUCCUCCGCCCACCCAUGCCACCACCUCACCGCACGCCUCGUCUCCGCCCUCUCCUCCGCCUUCUCCGGUUGGCGCCACAUGGGCCGACUCUUCUCCGAAGCCCGCCGCUACCGCUCUGCCUUUGCCUUCCUGCUCUGCUACUUCGUCUACGCGGACGGCUACACCACCAUACUCCAAAUCGGAGUCCUCUUCGGAGAGAGAGACCUCUGCGUGCCCACGGAGACCCUCAUCUUCCUCGCCAUCUGCGUGUCCGUCACCGCAACGCUCUGCACGCCGCUGCUCUUCUAUCUCCAGCGCUGGAUGCACCCCGUGCUCACCAACAAGGCCAUGGUCAUGCUCAUGCUCGCCGGCAUGCUGCCGCUGCCGCUCUGGGGGUUACUGGGUUACCUCACGUCGCCGCAGUCCAUAGGGCUGAAGGCUCCUUGGGAGCUGUUUGUGUUUGCGUGCUGGUUUGGGUUUUUUCUGGGCGGGCUGAACGCGUACUCGAAGACGCUGUUUAUUGAUAUGAUCCCGGUCGGGCGCGAGGCGGCGUUUUUUUCGCUCUACUCUGUGAGCGACAAGGACUCGUCGUGGCUCGGCCCGUUCAUCGUCGCCAUCAUCGUGCAGUUGGGUCUGCUUGUCCUCCUCCGCUUCCUCCACUUCCCCCGACUUCUCCUUUCUCUUUUCUUCCCACUUCUCCACCUCUUCAUUACGGGUGAGCUCCGCCCCAGCUUCCUCUACGUGUUCCUCGUCAUCCUCAUUCCCCUAGUCUGUCUGCACUUCUUUGUCGACCACCAGCAAGGCAUUGUGGAUGCCGUCCCAUCCGCGGCUUCCCCCGGAGCGCCAUCCGCUUCCCCCGCCGGCGCGCAGGCGGAGCGCGCGAAGGGGGGGCUGCCGUGCGUGAUGAUGCAGGCGAUGGGGCCGGCGGUGGACAGGCAGGCGGAGUGGGGGCGCGGUGACGCGGGCGCGGAGGGCGGGGGAGAUGCGAGGGACUACUUGUAUCAGCAAACGGCGGACACGGGACGAUUUUGGGGAGCGCGCCACGAGUUGGCACUGGGGGCAUGUUUCCAGCCCAGGGAGGGGCAGGUGUCGCCCCUGGGGGAGGUGCCGCCUCAGGAGUUUGAGGCACGGGUGCAGUAUGGAUUCCAGGUGACGCCCUUCCUGCACCAGGGCACGCUCAAGAACCAAGAUGAUGGCAGCAUGGUGAGGUGGCGCUACGAGGUCACGCCAAUCGAUGGCUGGGGGCCCAGGGGCGGCACACAGCUGUCAACCGCUGGUUGGCUCUCUGCCCUGCCGGCUUUUGAACCGCACUGGCAGGUGUGCAUGGCAAUGGGGCGAGCCAAGGGGUGGGUGGAGUGGCAGGGGCACCGCAUGGAAUUCACAGACGCCAUCACCUAUUCUGAGAAGAACUGGGGGGGCGCAUUCCCACUCAAGUGGUUCUGGAUCCAGUGCAACGUGUGGUCGCACGUGUCACUGGGGUCCGCAGUGGCGCUGACAGUGGCAGGGGCGAAGCGGCAGCUCAACCUGCCUCUGCUCGCCAACUCCAUAGAGGAAGUGGGCAUGGUGGGGGUGCACUGGCAGGGGCAGUUCAUGGAGUUUGUGCCCAACAGGGGCGCGGUGGAGUGGAAGGUGCAGCCGUGGGGCAGCUGGCACAUGCACGCUCACAACGAGAAGUAUGAGGUGACAGUGGAGGCACACACACUACGGGGCGACAACGGCACGCCCCUGAGGGCGCCAACAGCGGAAGGCAUGCGUUUUUUCUGCAAGGACUCAUUUGACGGGCGGGUGAAGCUGGAGCUGCGCCAGCGCUACUCGGGGCAGUUGCUCCUGAGGGCGGAGAGCACAGCAGCAGCGGUGGAAGUGGGAGGAGGGCCGUGGUGGGAGGCGUGGGAGCAGAGGAGUCGCAUGAACCCCGCUCAGAGCGCUGUCAUCUCGCUGCCUCUCAACCUCUCCUCCUUGCUCCCGCCCUCCCUGCAACCUCCGGGCCUGUGA